GUUUAUUUCAUCUACAUUUUUGUUUGUGAUCUCUAGGACGUGCAAAUAUGAAUUGAAUCCUCGAAUCAGGCUUCAUAUGAGUUUCUGCUGAAUUUAUGUGUACCAGGAAUUACAUUAACUUCCAAUUUUACUCAUCUUCAGUUGAAACAUGUGACUCCAACUCUUCAAAUGAAGAAGUUACAAAGCUGGAACAGGAUUAUACUUCUGAAUACUCAUACCCAUGUCGCUGGGAUCAACUUCCGUCAAACAAACAUAUCUUCGCCAGUUAUAACUUCCCAUCUAAAUUAAUCUACAAAAACUUGCAGCCUGAGUAUUGGUGGAGUCGGUAUUCAACUAGUUUGAAAGAUAAAUGUCUGAAAAAUCGUUGGUUGUCUUACAUUGGGCAAUGUGAUGAAAGAUAUAACAUAACAGAGUAUCAACUGAUACGUGAAAUUAUCUGGGUCCUGCUUGGUGCCAGGGGGAGCUUUGUUAUGCAAUUAUGUGAAAACCAAAUGGUAGAUAUUUGUUGCAAACCACAUCUUGUAUCUGUUAGCCAUUUAUCUUAUAAUGCUCUUGAUUCAUUGCUGGGGAAGUUCGUUGAUUGGAAUAAUCAUAUACUAUUCAUCAGACUUGUAGUCCAUUUUGUAGUCAACAAAAUGGACUGCGUAUCUCAUGCUUGCGCCUUCUCUUUUGCCAGUUGCUUGAAUGGAUUUUUGUCUCAACUUGAUGAGUUCUUGCAUGAGAUGGAAAGUAAAAGCCGUAAUCCAGGCAUUUUCACUAUGAUCAGUCUUUAUCAUUGUUUGAUCCCUUGGUGUAACCGUGUUAAGAUAUUGUCGAAAAUCAUAAAAGAUGUCAUUAAAAACGACCUUGAUAACUUACGAGAGACAAGUACGAUCACAACUUUGCUGGAUGCACUACAUCAUACUUCAGAUUUACUAGAAGACUGUGGCUUUGACCAGUACAUCGUUAAAGUACUACGUUCUAUGUUCAUCAUCACAUUUCAUCCAUUCAUUUCCUCACUAGUCCAGCUGUUUUCAGGGUCUGCGGCUUUCACCGACCCAAUGGUAAAAUUGUUCGCUGAUAUAAAUUUUAAUAUACCACCUAAUGAUCCAAAAUUCUGGUCUGAUGCCAUUAAGCCGCGAAACAAUGUGUUAGGCUCAUCUCACGUACCGUAUAUGUUUCUUCCUAUCAUGGAUGAGGUAGUCGAUGGUCUUAAAACUAUCUUCUUACUCACUGCGGUCUGUGAAAAAAUUGGGGACUACUCCUUCCUCGAAACAGUUGAUUCAAACUCUAUUUGUAUCUUUUUGGAUUCUCUCUUGAGCGAACAUUUUCGUCUUAAACUCAACCACCAAGAAUCCUGUAUCUCGAAAAAUUGUUACAAAAUGGAUGAAUCAAGGACCACACUCAAAUCCUUGGAGUCACAAUUAAAACGUUUUGUUUGUGAACGAAGAAUGUCAGUUAAUCAACAGUUGUUGAAGUUAUUGCUUCUCUCGCAUAUGCGUGGGCCAAAUGGUUUGCGAACUGUAGGAAACUGCCUAGCUGUUGCGGGAGCAGUGUAUCUUUUCGGUGCUGGUGAUAAUAUGAACGAUUUCGCUCGCCAGUGUUUCAGGAAUAUUGCAUUUUCAAGAGCCAAGAAGCUGGACCUUGUUGAGCUCACCGCUAAUCUACAGAGUCAGUUAAGUGGUGCUUUCAGGAACCGUCAUGUAUCUCAUUCACUCCUGUAUCUAGAGUCUCCAUUCUUCACAUUUGAUCUCCUUAAUAUGGAUCAACCAGUUGAUGAUCGACCUAUGGAACUGACUUUUGAUUUGAUUGGUAAUUUAAGACUUAAUUAUCACCUGGACUGGCCAGCGAACAUCAUUUUGAAUGAAAACAGCAUUGGAAUUUAUAACGAUGUCUUCAUUUUCUUGCUUCAGAUUAAAUACGUUAAAUGGAGUCUUGAAAACUUACAUUUCAGCACUCCAGAGAAAAGAGUUUCAACUUGUUUCCCCAUCAACCACUAUCUUAUCAUACUACGUGUAAAAAUGUUGUUUAUCUUCACAAGCCUACAUGAUUUCUUGGCACACAGAAUUGAAGCUAUCCGAACUCGAUUUUCAUCUAAGUGGUGUCUUCCUGAAUUUUAUUCUACUACAUCUAUCAAUCACAAUAUCCCCGAAACAAAUACUUUCUCUGAUCUUGUGCAAGAUCAUAAAAAUUUGCUCAAUGAAUUACAGUCCGUGUGCCUAUUAACCGAUUCUACUUCGCUUCUUUUUACAGAGAUAUAUAACCUUUGCAAUAUGGGCCUUCAGCUACGAGAAUUAUGGCUAAAGAGCCUUUUAUCUCCAAACUAUGAAACUUCACGUUUUACAGUAAAAAUUGAGUUUCUUUCUGAGCAAUUUGACAAUCAUGUACAGUUCCUUUCGACAAUGCUAACACGCGCAGUACGUUUGAGUACUGCUAAACAGCUUUUGUACCUAUCAAGUUCUUUUAAAACUGCGGCCUCGUUUCCUACAAAUAUUUUUAAAUUAAUUCCUUCCAAAUGACACUGUCAUCGAAUAUGUAUGAAAAAUAAAUAUUUUUCUGUGCGUCAUCUUCUUUUAAAAUUCAUUGUUUCAUUAAUAAAGGAAGAUUUACUUUUAGGUUAAGAAUGGCUUCACCGAUAAAAUCCAUUGAUAAUUUCCUAAUUUCCUCAACUCCACAUCACUUACAGAUCGAAAUUAAAAGUAAUGCAAAACGGAAAGAUAAGAAAGCUAAUUUGGAUAUUGAAAUGAACACUGAUGGUGUGGAGACACCUCAGGAUAAAUGUAUAUUUCAGGUUAAAACGAAAUCUCGAAACAGCAAUAACAGCAUGGUCUAUCUAGAAGAUGCUUUACGUUUGGGCUGGACAUCUCAACGUGCGAGUUACUUAUUUGAUCUCUUAACAAGGCCUCCGCUUCUUUUUUCUCCCAGCAUGGGAAUCAGUCUUUCAUUCGAAAAAGGUUCGCAGAAUAAUUAUCAAAUUCUACCCGCUAACAAACGAAAUCGUCCGAUUGAUCCUGAUCCGUGUUUGUUAUCGAUCGACGGUCUUCUAGACUGUUUAUUCGUAACGAAUUCUUUGGUUGAUCAAAUCUAUCAUGACUGUAUGGAUAAUCCAGAAAAUCGGGGGACUGAUGAAUACGAACACUCUCCUACCGUUUUGGCUGCGAAAUUCUUCCGAAGACGAGUGAAGCCAAUCAUUACUCGAUUAUCAGAAUUCCGUCUCAAAUUGUCUGAUUUCAAGCUGGGCGCAUGUGUUGGUAGAGGGGCUUGUGGAAUAGUACGUGUAGUACGUGAGGUAUCGCCACCUCAUUCAGUAUAUGCAAUGAAAUCUCAGUUUAAAGGAGCAUGGUUGCAUCAUGAUCCGGAGGGCUCUCAGAUUCUGCUUGAAAGGACUGUGUUAGCGCAAGCAACUGCCAUUGAAAAUCCAUGGCUUCCACACCUGCAUUAUGCAUUUCAAGAUGAAAAGCACUUGCAUCUUGUGAUGGACUAUGAACCCGGUGGCGAUUUGUAUAUAUUCUUAAGCAAAGUUGGUCAUUUGUUGGAUUCAAAAAUGAUACAGUUUUAUUGUGCUGAAGCUGUGGAAGCCGUUCAUUCAUUGCACCAAAUGGGCUAUAUUCAUUGUGACCUAAAGCCUGAAAAUUUCGCAAUUGAAAGGAGUGGACAUCUGAAGCUAAUUGAUUUUGGUUCGGCUAUCAGGCUUGAUGCUGAUGGAAAAUGUGUCUGUCCUACAAUGGUUGGGACAAAAGAAUAUCUGAACAUUGAACUUUUACGACAACGUGGACGUCAUAAUCAAGAACCAUUACUUGUUGGCCCUGAAUUCGAUUAUUGGGCGAUUGGUGUCUUAUUAUAUGAAUUAUUUUAUGGACAAACGCCUUUCUACGAUGAAGAUGAUGAUGCAAUGAUGCAGAAAAUCAUGGAUUAUCGGAAAACACUAAAGUUCCCUGCAACCGCUGAAAUAACAGACUGUGCUAUUCAUUUAAUUAAAUCACUAAUUAUUAGUCCAUCGAAACGUUUAAGUUAUGAAGAUGUUGUUAUGCAUCCAUUUUUCAAAGAUAUUGAUUUCUCUGCAUUGAGACAAGUCACUCCUCCAUACUUGCCCCCAGUUGGUGAGUUAGACGAUGUUUCAAAUUUUUCCGGCGGUGGUUCUCGUGCUCGUGAUGAGGCUAUAUUGGAUGUCUCUAGGAAUCAGACUUUCUCCCCAAUACGUUAUACAAAGUCAUCUGUUCAAGACGGAUAUGUCACUCAGUGUGCUACUUUAAACAAUGAAGAAAACGAAGAAGACGAAACUGUGCUGGUAAAGCCUUUAGAUACUGAAAUUUUGAAUGAUGAGAAUCAGGAGAAUAUUAAUCCACAUAAAUCACCGUUGUCCCCCGAAGUAUUAAAAAGAAAAGCUAUUCAAGAAGCUGCUGCUGUACCAAUAAAUGAAGAAAUUGAAGAAAUAGAAGAUAUAGAAUGGGAAGGUUCUGAGUGUGUCCGGGACUUACCAUUCUUGGGAUAUACGUAUACACCUGGAUUAGUAUUAUUCGGAAACCUUUCCAAGAAACAGGUUCAUUCGACCGCCGUUGCUCAUGUUGGAACAUCAGUAAUAGCUAAUAUCAGCACACCUUACAGACGAACAUUUAUUGAAAACCAAGAUUCAUUAUCUACAUCACUUAGACAUAGCAUUGGUUGUUCUGACGUUGGGCGACUUAAGGAUGCCAAAAAAACGAGUGAUCCUGAAAUUGUCGGUUUAUCUGAACUUCAGCAACGUAAUCGACAGUUAUGUGAACAAAUUGAACAGCUACAACUACAGAAUAAAGAGUCUGAGGAUUUACGUCAACGAUUGUUAAGUGCAUUCGACAAUGGUCAUGUCCUGAAAGAAAUUAAUGAAGCUGUACGUGUUCUUUCUGAUACAGUCGUUGAGAAAGAAAAAUCUACUGUUGGUCAUUUGAAUUCUAGAAUAAAACACCUUCAGGAAGAAAAUGUUCGUUUGACUGCUUCAGUACAAAGUUGUCAACAGGCACAAGCUAUAGUGGAUCAAUUGCAACACGCUGUGUCUCGUCUUUCAAAUUUGCCAAGUAAUUUUACAGAAGCGGAUUUACUUGAUCUGCUAACUGGACUAUGUCCACCUACAGUUUACACAACACCUGAAAUGCUAGCUGAUGUUUCACUGUCAACUAUACGUACAUCUAAUUCAUCAGAUAAUCUUAUUGGCUAUGAAUUAGUUCAUCGUCUUAUCAAUUUCGCUCUCAAACAAUUUAAACAUGCUUCUAAUCGUGCAAGACAAUCAUGUUAUGCAUUAGAAUCGACUAAUGCUGAGCUGAAAAAAGCUUUAGAUGAAUCAAAGCAACAAGUUAAUCAAUUGGUGGAAACUAUUGAUGGAUUAAUUGCAGAUCAACGUCGUUAUCGUGAGACUGAGAGCAAUCUUAAUUGGGAAAUUAAAGAAUUGAAACAAAAGCUUGACGAUUCGAAGGAUUAUCAACGUGAUUUACACCAGAAGUUCUUGCAAUUCGAAGACAAAUACUUCUCAGCACGAGAGAGGUUAAAAGAAGAAGAAAAGAAAAACAAAGAGAUUACAGAGAAACUUGAACAAUUGACACUUAACUCAGUGCAAAAACAACAGAAUAAUUCAUCUGAAUUGCAAACACAAUCUGGUCAACUUAGUUUAUUGGUUGAACGUAAUAAGGAAGUGGAACGAGAACUUGCAGCUUUAAGAAAUGCCUUGCAAGAAGCAACACAACAAAAUGGGUCCGAAUUAAGUGAAUUGAGAAAGCAGUUGGAUAAUGUAAGAACAGAGAAAGAGCAUUUAUUCAAUGAUAAGCAAUCUGAACGUCGUCAACUAGAGGAACGAGCAGAUAAAGCGGAAACGCAAUUAAAAAGUCUACGAGAUCAAAUUGCAGUUAUGCUUACUGAACGUGGUCGUUUAGUUUCACUUUCAGCAAUCGACUCUCAGCGCUUAUCAGAUAUGCAACUACAAUUAAAUGACGCAAUAAUGAAAAAAGAAUCUGCUGAGAUUUCUCUUCGUGAAGCAACACUUCGACUGGAAAGAUUAAAUACUACACAUAAUCAAACGCUUAUUCUUGAUCAAAUGAGAAAUGAAUUUGAAUCAACAAGGUCCCAGUUGAGAACUGCUCAAACUGAACUUAUUCAAUAUAAACAAAAUGAGGAAUUGUUACGCGAACGCGUAGCUAACUAUGAACGUGAGAUUUCUGACCUGAAGCAAGAAGUGACGCUUCUGCGAACACGACAUGAUCAAUUACAGGCUUCUAUUGCUUUAGGUCAUACUGCUGAAAAUUCAUCUGAAGUGCAUAAUCAAUUAGUUACUCUCACUAAUGAGAAACAAACACUCCAAGACGAGAUAGAUCAACUGCGGACUCAAGUUGAACGACUUCGUCUCAAUAAUACACAACUUCUCAGUCAACGUGAUACUGCUCGUCAAGACGCUCGAGAGUCAGAAAUGGCAACAGUGAGAGCUAAAGAACUAGGCGAAGCAACGCAACAAGCACUUGAGCGUGAAGUUCAUCGUCUUUCUACUAUUACAGAACAACAAGGGAAGUUGAUCAAUCACAUGCGUGGUCUUCUACCCCCGGAAUUCAAUAACACUCAUCGUAAUUGCUCUGCCGAUGGUAGUUCAGAUUAUCAAAAUUCUGAAGGUGGUAAACGACGGGCUAGUAAAUUUAUAAGUUCUAAAAGUCGUCGACCAGGUGCUCCUUUGAUUUCAGCAGCAUCUGCUUUUUUCAAUAAACAUCGUAAACGUGAAGUAAAGACCGAAUCUAAUCCUGAGAAUGUUGAAUAUUUAUCAUCUAAUGAGUUUACAAGACAACCCAGUCGUAUACAAAAGAUGAUGAGCAAAACACGUCUUAACUUCAAAAAGCAUUCUACUAUGCCCGUUAAAGUAGAUUAUUCUGUAAAUGCACCUUAUUAUACAACAUCAGCAAAUGAUGAGUGUUACAUGGAAGAUUAUGAUCCGCUAGGAUAUGAUGUAUAUUCUGCUGAUGAUGCUGAUUUUGAUGAUGGACUUCCGUUUCCCGCUCCUUCAACCUUUGCUGUUCCACAUGGUCGGCCACCUAGAGCAAGUGAUAAUGUGUCAAAUACUGGUAGUACAUCUUCCGCUCCAAGUACAGCCAGUUCUGCUCCAGCUGGUCCAGUAAAAUUUGUCCGUGAUCAUUCAUGGCACAGAAAUCGAUCAAAGAUUCAUGUAGGUUGGGCAGAUGGUAAUGAUAAACCGGAAUUAAGUAAAGUGCCAUCAGCUUUGAAGCAUCGUGGUCAACCGAAAAUACUGAAACAAUUGAGUAAAGUUCUAGGUCGUGGCAAACAAUCUUCUACGCACCUUGAUCCUAAUCGACUUGAUGAUUGACUAUUUCCUCACUAACAGUGUGUUUAUGUUUGUGUUUAUUUGUACCCAAUAUUUGUACUCCACAUUAAUCGGUUAAACUUUUAAUAUCAUAUCUCUUGGUCAUAUUAUCCAUGCAUACAUAUAUGCAUUAAUCUAUACACGGCAACUUUAUUUAUGCACGGAUUUAUCUUUUGUUUUCCGUGGUUUAUUUUUUUAAUCAGAUAUGAGAGUGAUUUUUUCAAUAUAAAUAUAUGUAUAUAUUUGCAUACAUAUACAGUUUGUUUGUAACUGAUCCUGUAACCGUAUUGUUUUUAUUAGUAUAUAAUUUCUUUUAAUG